AAAUACACCUUUAAUUAAUUGUUAUUUCAUACAAAUAAUGAUUUCAUACAAAUAAUUAUAUUAUUAUAUCGUGAAAACUGCAACAUUGAGGUUAAGUUUAUCACUCGUGGUUUAAUAUUUAUGGCGGCAGUUAUUUUAGAUUAAAAAUGACUUCGGAAAGUGAAUUCGAACUUGUUGAAGUUACUCAUUUCAUAAAUCCACAUUUAUUUUGGAUUAAUCGAAUUGAGGAUGCCGACACAGAAUAUAAAAUAUUCUAUGAUAAAUUACAGACUUUUGCAGAGCAAUCUGGAACAUGUAUACCUCACCUAAAAAAGGUUUAUGCAUUUAAAGAUCCCGUCAAGAAUAUUUGGGCCCGUGGUGUAAUCGAAUUAGACAUUGACUUAAAAGUUGCCCAAAGUCUUGUGAAUAACAAAAUACGGGAUACAUCGUACAAAGUAUGGCUGAUCGAUGAAGGAAGGCCAAUUGACGUUUCCCAUUUACCACAUAGACUACCGCCAGAAUUUCGAGAGAAAGAAACAAAAUGCGAACGUUGUAUUCUAUUUGGUGUAAUACCGGCAAUUACUGAUUUAAACAUGUCUUUGGAGGUGUUUGAGAAACGUCGCAUAUGUGAGUGGCAAAUUAGUGCCAAAAAUAUUGUUAAAGAAUUACUAUCGAGGAAAAAUGCACAAGUUUUUUUUAAAACUCGAAAAUAUUUGGAAAAUGUUGUUAUUGGAGAUUUACAAAUUGUUUUAAAGAAUAAAUUAUACAAUAUUGCUGAACAUUUAGUGGAAAAAGGUUUUGCUUUUAUGGAUGAAAAAAAUUUUUUAAAAGUUCAAAGACAUAUUAUAUUAGAGCCAUCAUGUCGUGUGAAAACUCCAAGUGAUACACAAUCACGACCGCCUUCUGUUCAAUCACGUUCGAUUUCAAAUCAAUCACGACCACCUUCUGUUCAAUCACAGCCUGUUUCAAGCCAGUCUAAAAAUAAAAAAAUUCCAUCAAAUCUAUCAAGCAGAUCAAUUUCUGUACAAUCAGAAACUAUUCCAAAACGAUUCACUGAUAAUAAAAUAAUCGACGAUUUAAAUGAUAUAAGUGAUUUAGUUGAUUCAGAUCCCCCAUUAAGGGCAUUCACCAAACGACCUACUGUCGAUUCAUCGAAAAGUCAAAAAAUGAAUACAAUUCCAUCAAGCAGAUCAAUUUCUGUACAAUCAGAAACUAUCCCAAAACAUCCAACGAUAAAAAACGCAAUAGCAGACGAUUUAGACGAUGUAAGUGAUUUAGUUGAUUCAGAUCCCCCAUUGAGGGCAUUCACCAAACGUACUAUUACUGAAUCACACAUGCGCCAUCGAAAACCGAUUACUUCAGAUUCAUCGAGUUCAGAAAAUGAAAUCAGCAAACUGCAGCAUACUGUAACUACACACACAAAACCAUCGCCGCAGAUUAAAACAUCACCAAACGAUGGUUUAAUAUUAAAUCGAACCGCUGGUCGAGGAUCUCGACGAUCAUUAAAACUAAAACAACAAAAUAAUUCAUUCAAAGAUGAAUCAUUAGAAAUUUCUGACUCACAAAAUGAAUCAUUCGAAUUUGAAUCGGAAUUAAACAGUGUUGGUCGGGGUACACGAAAACAUUUAAAAUCACCAGAAAAUUUAAAUGAAAGUAAUUCAUUAAGUGUUCGAAAAAAAUUAUUUAACGCGAAAGAUAAAUUGAUCUCGAACACGUCGGGUAAAACUCCAGCCAAACAACUAUUCACUGAUGUUAUAUCCAUAAAUACCAUCGAUCAUACAUUAGCGAUGAAUCAAGAUGCGGAAUUUUACGAUAAUACCGAUUCAGAAAUCACAAGUGACGAAAAAAAUUCUCUGAUUGAAAAAAAUGGUAAAAUUUCAGAGGUGAAAACUUGUAUUGCUGUUAUAAAAAAUAUUGAUGAAGAACAAUCACCGAAAAAACAAAUAGUAGAAGAAGAUCUUUUAAGUGUUGGAAAAACUGAAGAUGAUGCUUUAUUUUUGGAACGAUUUAAUCAAAAACAGGCUAAAAAACUUGAAAAUGAAAGAAAAUUACUCGAAUUGAUGGAAAAAAAUAAAGAACCACAUGAAGAGGAAACAAAAGAGAAUAUUUCUCCAAAACAAACUACAGUAAAACCAAGUGUUACAAAACUAUUAAAAAAAUUGAAAAUUAAAAAAUCAUCUUCAACAGAUACAACUAAUCCAAAAUCAAGUUCUACACCAAUUCCUUCAUCAAAUUUGGAUAGUUCAUCUGCAAGUCGUUGUGAAUCAACUACAUCAAGCAACGACUUCACCGAUAAUGAAACUUUGUAUAAGAAAAAACAGACGUCAACUGAAGUUAAUUCAACUUUCAACUGGCCUAAAGUAGAUAAUGCUCCUGUCAGUAACCAAAAGCUUAAUAUAAUGCCAGCAGGGGCGCUCGUAGAGUUACCUAAUAUGAAAAGGGAACCAAAAAAUCAGUAUACAAGACAAAUGCCAAGGAAAACAAAUAACCAAAAUAUGGAAGAGUCCGAUGACGGUAUUAUUACAGUUGAGUCAUUUUUAGAGAGACAAGUAAAAACAUUUCAAACUGGUCGCAAUCUUAAAGCAGCUACAUCAUCAUUGUCACCUGUUUUAAACGUCGGAGGAUUUAACACUAGUCGAUUUUUAAUUCAUUCGUUGAAAAAAAUUACACCUAUACAAAAUGUCGGACAAGCCUAUUUGCAUUCAGAUAUUCGAAAUGUGCUAACUUCUUUAAAUAUAAUAGAAUUACACAAUUUACAAACAUAUGUAUGGCCAGCAAUAAAUCGUGGCGAAAAUGUUGUGGCUAUAUGGCCAAAAUAUACACAUAAUAAGCCAGAUGAAAAUAGUUGCAUGAUGUUCUUACCAUUAAUGUGUAAUACAAUUAUUGAAAACAAUUAUGAUGAUUUGGGAAAUUUUGAUGGUCCAAUUGUAUUGAUAUUAUGUGCCCAUAAAACCGCAGCACGUAUUAUUUAUGAAAAAACAUUAUUGUUGCUGAAUUUGAUAAUAAAACGAGAAAAAUUCGAACAUACACAAAAGAAUAAAAAUAAAUCAAAUGCAAGGAUUCCAACCAAAAACAGAGCAUAUUUAUUAUUGGAUAAUAUUGAUAUCAUUCGAGGAGAUAUCGUUAUUUCAACACCAAAAUGUUUUAUGAAUCGUUUAAAUCAAAUGCGUGGAUUUGCUACCGAAUUCCGAAGAUUGUGCCAUUUGGUUAUUGACGAUGCAGACAUAAUAACUGAUAGAUAUUCCUCAGAAUUGACCGAAAUUUUAUCGCAAUGUCAAAAUACCUUAGAUCGGCGUCGUAACGCAAUAAGAAAUAUUCAAUUAAUUUUAACCGGUGAAAAAUGGACAAAUGGUGUGGAAGAAUUAUGUAAAAAAUCAAAAAUUAAACCUGCAAUUUGUAUUGAAACGCAAAUUGAAGCGGCGAUUUAUGCUAAAGUUAAUAUGAACUUGCAAUUUAUUAGAAAAGAAACAAAAAUGGAAAUUUUAUAUGAAUUAAUUAAUCAAAAAAUAUCAACAUUCAAGACACUUUUAAUGUGUAAUAAAUACAGCGAAAUUGAGGAAGUUGUUAAUUUUUUGAAUUCGAAAGGUAUUGAAGCUUUGUCUUUUCAAAAACGUGUUACUGGUACUGAAAUUAAACAUACAUUUGAUCAAUGGAAUACUGCACUACCUGGGGCCUAUAAAUUAUUGGUUCUCACUGACGAUGUACUAGCUGAUAUUUCUAUCACGUCGGCUAUGUGGUUAAUUCAUUAUACAUUGCCACGAACCUGGACACAUUUUUCAAAUCGAUUUAAUACGCUUAACGCAAAUUAUCCAUCGUUUUAUGCAACAACAAAUAGAGCUGUAGCUAGUCCAAAAGUUCACAUUUUUAUCGAUGAAAGUCAUAUUGAAGUUGUUCCACGCAUGAUAAACUUUUUGGAACGAUUGUCAAACAAUGCUAAUUUUACAAAAUUACUUCCAUUAAAAGAGGCUGCAAUUCUUGCUAAAGAAGAAAAAAAAUUACAAACAAAAAACACCGAAUUAUGCUACUUAUUGCUAAGUACCGGCGUUUGUCCUAACGAAUAUCGUUGCAAUAAACGUCAUUUAUUAUUUUCGAAUAUUGAUUCACCAACAUUCUCAAAUAUUAAAAUCGGUUCAUCGAUUAAAUUAAAAUUAAUCGAACAAUACGAUGCUGUACAUUAUUCAGCUCGAUUAAUUGAUUCCGACAGUGAAUAUAAAAUGCUAUCGUUGGAUUUGGCAAGCUAUUAUCGUGAAAAUCCUGGAAAAUUAUCAACAAUUGAUAUUAAUAAAGUGUAUGCAUAUAAAAAAACUGAAACAUUGUAUGAACGAUGUAAGAUUAUUGAGAAAACUUCUCGAAUUUCAUCUACUUCGAUAGAGUAUUAUAAAAUAUUACUAAUUGAUACCGGUGAAGUAAAAACUGUCACAUUUAAAAGUUUAUUCGAUUUGCCUGAGUGUUUUACAAAAGAUCAAAGUGAACAGUUAUCGUUAGAUGUAUUUAUCGCGAAUGUAAAACCAUCACACGAUGAAAUUAUUUGGGAUAUCGAAAAUAAUACAAAAUUGAAAAAUAAAUUAUCAGAUAUCAACAUUUAUGAUCCCGAUAUGUUUAUCACAUGUGACGUACAAUUAGCAAUUGGUAAUCGUAUUUGGAUUGAUAAUGUACAAAUUAUUGAACAAUUUCCGCAUACUAAAACAUGUUUAGAACGAUUAAAUUUAACAUAUGAAUUAGAACGUGAAACUUUGUAA